AGAAAAAUCGCUCACUAUUAAAAUCAUCCUAGGUAUCACAUGGUCACUGCACUGGAUCUGAAAAGAUCUCAUGGCAUAGCACAAUCACUUCACGAUGGUUCAUUGUAAAUCAUGGAUAACAGACCCCUACAAACCAAACAAAACACCUCCUCUGCGUCCCCCACACUCGACCUCUCCACUCACACACCCACUCUAGUGUCUCCCAGAACACUGCCCUCUGAAACUUUACCUCCUAACACAUCCCCUCUAGUUUCAGAGCAUUUGAAGCAAAUUAGAGAGAAUGACACUGUUCUUACACCGAUACACACAACAAAGUCGUGUUUGACGGACGAGGAGCUGGAUAGUUACCCUGUGGAACCCCAAGCAGUAAAUCUUCCUACAGUCAGAUUUCGUCACGAUUCAAUUCCACCCGUUAAAACUAGGAGGCAGACUCUUACGGAGUUAUUCAACAGCAAUGUUUCACAGUCUGUGGAGGAAAUUAUGGCAGCAAGGAAGGAGAUUAGUGCACAUAUUCUAAUGGCUGAAAGUAAUGCAAUACGCAACCAAGAUCAUUCGUUUCGGUACUUUGCUCUCAAAAUGACUCAUUCAAAGCCCUUCAAUCGAUUGAUGUUGUUCGUGAUCCUGGUCAACGUUAUGAGUAUUGCCUUUCAGAACGAAACUACUGAUAUUUACAAAUAUUAUGAGUUGUUUGCGAUGUUAAGCGACAUCUUCACAGCUAUCUACACGUUUGAGUUUGCCAUCAAGUUCUACGCGGACAGGUCACGCUACUGGUUGUCCUUAUACAACAUUUUUGACUUCUCAAUUCUAAUCCUCGCUUACGUUGACGUGUUAUUGGCUUCCACGUCUGCUCAGGGCAACAACAAACUAGCCAGUGCCAUGAGAUCACUGAGAGCUUUCCGAGCACUAAAGAUCGUGAACUUUCUACCGGGGGUCCAGGUUAUAGCCUCUGCACUGGUAAAAACUCUCAAAGAGCUAAUUGUUGACGUGAUUCUCCUGCUCAUUUUGCUGCUCUUCGCGUUCGGUGUUAUGGGAUUUUACUUCUUCGGGUACGGCGCUGUAAACGAGCGGAUCCUAGAAACGUGGGGGAGUCUAUCGGCAGUGUUCCUGACACUAUUCACCGUGGUCACAGCAGACAGCUGGUGGAAAUUCAUCGAGGAACUGGUUUACGAGGGUGGUCACUCUCUCGCAUACUCUCGCGCUUACAUUGUUACAUUCCUCUUCUUCGGGCAUUUCAUCACGGCUAACUUGUUCAUUGCUGUUAUCAUCACUAAUAUUCAGAGUUCUUCUAAUGAUUUCAAGGCUAAGGAGGAGAUGGAGAGAGGGAUUCUUGUUCACGAUAGAAAGAAAGAAUAUUGGAAGAGGUCAAGGAGAGAGGUCAAGCGGUUGAUGAGCAAUACUAGAUUUAUAAACGGUGAAUGUAAUUUCAACGAAGUAGCAACAGAUUUCUACUACUCUCUUCAAAAACGAGAUUUUGUGGUGAAGAGCGACUUGAAAACUAAUAUCCUGUGGAUGGAUACUGUUUGUAAAGAGUUGUCCAGGUCGAUAAAGAGUAAUCGGAAGUGUCUCUAUUUGCAACGAAGCAUGGUAGAAUCUAUUGCCCCCGUUUGCAGUCUUAGUGAAGUGGACCGAAGAAAAGUCAGUAUUACAACAGAUAUGCGAUACGUUGUCAAGCACAAACUGACCGGACUGGAGUAUCUAACACGAACAUUCUCAACGGGAGGGAAAACACGCAAAAGUAGCACUAUCAGUAUGAAAAGAAAUGAUAAUUUGAAUGCUCCCAAUAAAUUGAAUGCUCCCAGACUUUCAAUAUUUCGGAGAAAAUCAAAGUUAGGUUAGGAAUCGUUGUUCGGGCUCAUUUCAAAGGGUUUAUUGACAGAGUCUCAAUAUUGCAGUUUUAUCCAGCUCAACUUCUGUGUAUAAUGAGAAAAUAACAAUAAAACGAAAUGCUUCAAUUCUAUCAUUUUUUGCUAGUAAUUCAACGUUUUGAUUAACUCUAAUAUUGAAUUCAAGAGAUAGAGUCCUAGCUAGUAGAGGGUUAGUAUUACAUUUUUGAUAAUGGAUGUCGAAUAGCUUAUGUAAUAUAAGUUUAUGUUAAUAUUAAUAUUAUUUA